GUGUCAUUAUUAAGUCACGAUUUUUAUGUUUCAAAAGAUGUGAAAAUGGUUGUAAUUAAAAGAGUAUUCAAGACUUGUUUGAACAGAGCCCCUUUUGGUUGUUUGUGUAUAGAUGGAUAGACAUAUAAUCUUUAGUACUUGGUGCAAAUUGGACAUCAUUAAGAUGGGAGAUCAUGGGUAUGAAUAUACGUUGGAUGAAGCACUUGCGACAAUCGGGUUUGGGAAGUUGCAAGUUAUUGUGCUUGCAUAUUCUGGACUAGGUUGGGUAGCGGAAGCAAUGGAGAUGAUGCUCCUGUCGUUUGUAGGACCAGCUAUCCGGCCUGAGUGGGGGUUGACUUCGAAUCAAGAGAGUUAUAUAUCAACUGUCGCGUUUUUUGGGAUGUUGGUUGGAGCAUACCUUUGGGGUGUCGUGUCAGAUACAUAUGGAAGAAAGAAAGGAUUUCUUGGUUCAACUAUACUUACAAGCAUUGCUGGGCUAUUGGGCGCUUUUGCACCAAAUUAUAUAACAUUGUUGAUUCUUCGUUGCUUUGUUGGUAUUGGUCUAGGGUGUGGCCAUGUGUUUACAUCCUGGUUUCUAGAGUUUCUUCCGACUACAAAUAGAGGGGCUUGGAUGGUGGUUUUUUCAACUUUUUGGACAGUUGGAACUAUCAUGGAAGCUUCACUAGCUUGGUGGAUCAUGCCUACUUAUGGUUGGAGGUGGCUACUUGGAUUAUCUAUAUUUCCAUCUCUUGUGGCACUACUGUUUUAUAAUUUUGUGCCAGAGUCUCCAAGAUAUCUUUGUACACAAGGUAGAUUGAUGGAGGCACACCGUAUUCUGGAAUAUGGAGCUGCACUAAACAAUACAUCUCUCCCGGUAGGUCUGCUUGUUUGUGAUCAAACAAAUGAUAUGCUCAACGAGGGCGAGUCAUCAGAAAGUACUGCGUUACUUUCCUCCAUCACAAAUAAGACCAACGAUACUCAAAGAAGCUCCUCUUCUAUACUUAUGCUUUUUUCACCCAAGUUGGCUAGAACGACGCUUCUCUUAUGGUUUUUGUACUUUGGCAACACGUUUGCAUAUUAUGCCAUUAUAUUGUUGACUUCACAACUAAGCCUAGGCCAAAGCGAAUGUUAUUUAACCACUUUGCUAUCAGAAUCAGAAAAUAUCAAGGAUCCUAGCCUCUACACAAAUGUAUUCAUUACAAGCUUGGCAGAGCUUCCUGGGCUUGGAUUAGCAGCUUUGAUAUUGGACAGAGUCGGUCGUAAGAUUUCUAUGGAAAUCAUGAUCGUUUCAGGAUUCGUUUUAUUAUUUCCACUAGUUGUCCAUCAGAAUGCAAUAAUGACCACAUUCUUUCUAUUUGGAGCUCGUAUGUUCAUUUCAGCAAGUUUCAUUAUUGUGUGCAUCUAUACGCCAGAGGUGUAUCCAACAAACUUAAGAACAACUGGAGUUGGAAUAGCAACAGGUAUAGGCAGAAUCGGCGGGAUGGUAUGCCCUUUGAUAGCAGUUGGGAUGGGUAGUGGCUGCCACCAAACACUUCCCGUAAUUCUGUUUGAGGUUGUGAUACUUCUAUCAGGCGUGGCUGUCAUAUUGCUUCCAUUUGAGACAAAAGGAAGAGAAUUAGCAGACAGUGUAGAUGUACCUGUCCAACAUGUUUUAGUAGUGUGAAUCUUUUACAUAUACGAAUGCUGGUAAUGAAAACCAAGGUUUGAACCAUGAGCAUUACAUUGGAAAAGUUUAUUUACCCUGUUCAGCAUGUUCUAGCCCCCGGUUAAUAGUCAUGUAAUCCAAGAUUUGUACCAGGCGUGCAAUAGAAGCAGUUAUUUAUGCGAGCACAAGCGAAUGAUAUUUACAUUAAAAAAGCAUCUGUCAUAAUUCAGUUGGUUCUUGUGAAGUAGUAAAAAACAUGGAUUUAUUUA